AUGUCUCUAUCUUCUAAGCUAUCUGUCCAGGACUUGGACUUGAAAGACAAGCGUGUCUUCAUCAGAGUUGACUUCAACGUCCCAUUGGACGGUAAGAAGAUCACCUCCAACCAGAGAAUCGUCGCCGCGUUGCCAACCAUCAAGUACGUCUUGGAAAAGCAACCAAAAUACAUCGUCUUGGCCUCUCACUUGGGUAGACCAAACGGUGAAAGAAACGACAAAUACUCCUUGGCUCCAGUCGCCGCCGAAUUGGAAACCCUUUUGGGUAAGAAGGUCCAAUUCUUGAACGACUGUGUCGGCCCAGAGGUCGACGCCGCCGUCAAGGCCGCUGCCCCAGGUUCCGUCAUCCUGCUAGAGAACUUGAGAUACCACAUCGAGGAGGAAGGUUCCAGAAAGGUCGACGGCCAGAAGGUCAAGGCCUCCAAGGAGGACGUCGAGAAGUUCAGACACCAAUUGUCCUCUUUGGCCGAUGUUUACGUCAACGACGCCUUCGGUACCGCCCACAGAGCCCACUCUUCCAUGGUCGGUUUCGACUUGCCACAGAGAGCCGCCGGUUUCCUAUUGGAAAAGGAAUUGAAGUACUUCGGUAAGGCCCUAGAAAACCCAACCAGACCAUUCUUGGCCAUCUUGGGUGGUGCUAAGGUUGCCGACAAGAUUCAAUUGAUCGACAACUUGUUGGACAAGGUCGACUCCAUCAUCAUCGGUGGUGGUAUGGCUUUCACCUUCAAGAAGGUCAUUGAAAACGCCGAAAUUGGUGACUCCAUCUUCGACAAGGCCGGUGCCGAGAUCGUUCCAAAGUUGGUCGAAAAGGCCAAGGCCAAGAACGUCGAAAUCGUCCUACCAGUCGACUUCAUCAUCGCUGACGCCUUCUCCGCUGACGCCAACACCAAGAUUGUCUCCGCCAAGGACGGUAUCCCAUCCGGCUGGCAGGGGCUUGACAAUGGUCCAGAAUCCAGAAAGCUUUUCGCUGAGACCAUUGCCAAGGCCAAGACCAUCGUCUGGAACGGUCCACCAGGUGUCUUCGAAUUCGAGAAGUUCGCCGCUGGUACCAAGGCCAUGUUGGACGAAGUCGUCAAGUCCUGCUCUGCCGGUAACACCGUCAUCAUCGGUGGUGGUGACACUGCCACCGUCGCCAAGAAGUACGGUGUCACUGACAAGAUCUCUCACGUCUCUACCGGUGGUGGUGCCUCUUUGGAAUUGCUAGAAGGUAAGGAAUUGCCAGGUGUCUCCUUCUUGUCUGAAAAGAAAUAA